AUGUUUAUACAAAUAUUUAUUAAAAGAAUCUUUAAUGACCCAGUAGAGAUAAUAAAGUUUUGUAUGGAAAUUAUAACUAUCUAUGUAAUUAUUAGAUUUCGCCACAAAGUUAAAAAGCCUGCUAUUGAACUUCCUGAUAGUGUAGUUGCGAAACUUAUAAAUGAUUUUGAACCUGAAGAUUUGGUUGAAACCCAACCAAAAGAUUUGGCUGUAGAUAUUGAAUAUUCAAAAGACUUUCUAAAUCUAGCUUCUUAUGAUUGUUUUGAAAUAGGAGACCUUUUUAAAGAUGAAUCAAAAGAAAUUAUUAACGAAUAUGGCAUUGGAACAUGCGGACCACCAACUUUCUUCGGUACAUUGGAUGUACACUUAGCUUUACAAGAAAAAAUAUCAGAAAUACUAGAAACAGAAGAUUCCCUCCUUUACUCUAAUUCAUACACAUGUAUACACAGUGUUAUAUCAUGUUUUUCUACAAAAAGUGACACCAUUUUUUAUUUUAAAUAUGCCAAUGAGGCAAUAAUCAGAGGAGUGACUCUUUCAAAGUCAAAAUGUUAUGAAUUUGAUAAUUUUGAUGUUUUAAUUAAUUUAUUAAAGUUAUAUUUUGACCCAAAGAGUCGUAAUUUUGUUAUAGUAGAGGGAUUGUCAAAGAAUGAAGGAAUAAUUUUAGAUCUUCCAAAAAUUAUAAAACUUAAAAAAAUGUUUAAUUUUAAGAUUAUAUUGGAUGAGUCAUUAAGUAUACCUUUAUUACAUAAAAGGGGCGUGUGUGGAUAUUUCAAUAUACAAUCUAAAAACAUUGAAAUAAUAAUAGGUUCUUUUAGUUAUGGAUUUUCGUCGAGUGGCGGGUUUUUCUGUGGCGAUAAAAGCCUUGCGAAUUAUCAAAGACUGGCCAGUUCAAGCUACGUUUUUUCUGCAUCUUUACCUGGUGUAUUAGCAAAUUUUAAUAGACUAGCCUUAGAUAAAGAUUUUGACUAUAAAAUACUUCGUAAAAAAGUUCGUGUAUUUCAUAAACAUUUUAUUUCUCUAAAAUAUACUAUAAUUUCUGAUAUUAAAUCACCAAUAAUUUUAAUUAGAGCUAAGAAUAACACAUGUAAAAAAAACAUGCUACAUUCCUUACUUAAGAUUGUUAAUGAUUUACAUAACAAAAAAAUAUACGUAGGAAUUAAUAACAACCCAUUUCCUACACUAAGAGUUCUUCUUAAAAUUAGUUUGAAUAAUGUUAAGAAUAUUACAGAAGAUAUUCUCAAUUCAUGUGAAAAAUUUUAA